UUAGGAAUUGCUAAUUACUACCUAUGUUAUAUGUCAGCUGGUUAUAAUAUAGAUUAACUUCUAAUCUUGACACAUGAUUUACUCCUAAAAACCAGAGAAAUAGUCUUUUGAUGCUUCUCUUUGCCGGUUAAGAAGAUUCCUAUCAAGCAAAACUCAAUGAAAAUGGAACAUCAUCUCAAGUCAUGCACUCGAAGCACGAAGAAAUGUUUAACCUUAAAAUUCAUCAGCAUCUUCUUUUUCUCCUUAUUUCUAGUUGUCAUCCUUUUCCAUAUCCAGUAUUCAUCACCUUUUGAUUUCUCCUUGUCAGCAAGGUCCCAAAGGCGGGCUUUUCUUUCCCAAGAGGAUAACUCCAAUGUCAUCGAAACCAUGACUGCGAAACUCAAAGAUUCUGUCACUUUCCUCCCCCUCCAGGACCUUAGAUUUAGAGAAACAGCCACGAAAGGCAACACAUGGUUUAUGAGCUCUUUGAACGACACACACGAGGAAAAUGAAGCAGAACACUUGUAUUUCCCUUCUAAGGCAUCUAAAGGACGGCUUCUUUGCUUUAAGGGACGGGAUACUAAGGAUGGCACAAAGAAUUCAUAUGCUUUGGCAUGGCGAGAAAGUCUUCCAGAUUCUGCUAUUCUACUGGAAGGCCUAACAUUUGUAUCCUACACGUAUUACGACCACAAAAAUCUGUGGCAUGGAUUAUGUGCAGUGGCUCCUUUCGUAAGAUGGUCAAUGAAAAACGAGUGUUUGAAGCCAGCAAGAUGGGUGCUAUUCCACUGGGGAGAACUGAGAUUAAGAAUGGGAUCUUGGGUGCAAGAACUUAUGCAAGCUAAUUUCGGUGAAGUUAAGGUGGAAGGAUUUGAUGGAGGAGAUGUACCUUACUGUUUUGAGAAAGCGAUUGUGGUGAGGCAUGAGAUAAGUCAAAUGGGGCAGGAGAACAAGCUGAAGAUGUUCGACCUGUUGCGCUGCAAGGCUAGGAGUUACUGUGGCCUUAAUCCUGCAGGCAAAGGUAGAGAGAUGAAUGAAAGAGGAUUUCCAAUAAUAAGACUUACUCUGCUUAUGAGAAGAGGUUCCCGGUCGUUCAAGAAUGCAACUGCUGUGACAGAUGUAUUUGCAAAGGAAUGUGCCCAAGUCGAAGGCUGCAUUCUGCACGUAGUUCAGUCAGGAGAUCUAUCUUUCUGCGACCAGGUGAACGUGCUGACCAACACUGACAUAGUCGCGUCUCCGUGUGGAGCACAGUUAACGAAUAUGCUCUUCAUGGAUCGCGAGAGCAGUGUGAUGGAAUUCUACCCAAAAGGAUGGUUAGAGUAUGCUGGCUCAGGCCAAUAUGCUUACCACUGGAUGGCUAAUCAAUCAGGGAUGAAACAUCAGGGUGCAUGGUGGGAUCCAUUUGGCGAGGAGUGCCCAUCCCCGCAGGAUCGGUGGAAGUGCUUUUCUUUUCAUAAAGAUGGCAUGGUUGGACACAACGAGACCUAUUUUGCAGAAUGGGCUAGAAGAGUCAUCGAUCAAGUUAGGCUAAUUAAGCUGGAGCAAGGCUCUGCAGAUCAAAUAAACAAGCAAAAACAUGAUUCAAAAGCAUGUGUAUGCUAGCCUACUGCUGAAGUAUUAAAUAGCACCAUCAAUGGUUAGAC